AUACGGUAAGGGAGACCCUAUUGAAGGCAUUGGUAGUUGUCAGCACGGAUUGGUUUGCUAUGGACCAACCAAAUUACUAACCCUGCUAAGUGCAAAAAAAUGGAAUGGUGGUUUGAUUAGGACUGCUUCGUUUCAGGCUGGUUAGGCUGCGAAUAUCUGUGUGCUCUUAAUGUCGGCUUCUGGGAAGAAACAUGAUCUCUGGAUGCAGACGACGAGCCUUAGCUAACGUUAGCUAGUUUGCUCAAAUGUUGGAUCCACUAACAAAGGAGUGGUUCAAAACGUUCACCCGUUUAGUACAUACCGCCUGGUUGAAUAUCACCAGAGGAUAAUAAACACAGACACACUAACAAAGUAAAAUUGGUCGACUACCUGAGAAACCAACCCACGCUGUAUUGUGCUUUUACCACGCUUUUUUUCCCAGCUAACUAACGCUAGCUGUGUUAGCUUUUACACAUGUAAGCUUUUCUACAAACACCAUGUACAAGCCAGGGAGCCAACAAACACCAUCCAGUGUUGGGCUUAUUUAUCUCAUGAUGAGAUAUCUCAUCAUGAGAUAUUACACAUUAUCUCCUCAGUAAGCUUUCUUUAUAGAGGAUUGUGACAAUAACAAGCCAUGGAGCAGUACACCACUGCCACCACUGCGACCGGGGAGCAGAUAGUUGUGCAGACUUCCAAUGGACAGAUCCAGCAGCAGGUCCAGGGACAGCCUCUGAUGGUCCAGGUGAGCGGUGGGCAGCUCAUCACAUCAUCAGGACAACCCAUAAUGGUGCAGGCCAUGUCAGGGGGUCAGGGCCAGACCAUAAUGCAGGUCCCUGUGUCUGGAGCCCAGGGACUACAGCAGAUUCAGCUGGUGCAGCCAGGUCAGAUCCAGCUACAAGGCGGCCAGACUCUUCAGCUCCAGGGCCAGCAGGGUCAGCCCCAACAGAUCAUCAUCCAGCAGCCCCAGACCGCCAUCACUGCUGGACAGAACCAGGGGCAGCAGAUCAGCGUGCAGGGCCAACAGGUUGCACAAACAGCUGACGGACAGACCAUUGUUUACCAGCCUGUCAAUGCAGAUGGCACCGUCCUGCAGCAAGGAAUGAUUACAAUUCCAGCUGCCAGCUUGGCAGGUGCCCAGAUUGUACAGGCAGGGGGUGCCAACACCAACACCACUAACAGCGGCCAAGGCACUGUGACCGUCACCCUGCCCGUCUCCGGUAACAUGGUCAAUGCAGGUGGAAUGGUCAUGAUGGUACCUGGAGGUGGUGGAGUUUCUACAAUGCAGCGUAUCCCUCUCCCAGGGGCUGAGAUGCUUGAGGAGGAACCUCUGUAUGUUAAUGCCAAACAGUACCAUCGCAUCCUAAAGCGGAGACAGGCCCGGGCUAAGCUGGAGGCUGAAGGCAAGAUUCCCAAAGAAAGAAGGAAAUACCUGCACGAGUCCCGCCACCGUCAUGCUAUGCAGCGUAAACGAGGAGACGGAGGACGUUUCUUUUCACCUAAAGACAAAGAGGAAAUGGCUUUGGCUCUGGCACAGCAACAGCAGGAAGCAGCCCAGGCAGCAGCAGAUGAAACGGUGGCUCAGAUGAUCAGAGUCUCAUAGCACUGUAGCCAACAUCACCUCUUUCAGCCUGAGACUCAUCAUCCUUUUUUACCCAUCUACCAAACCUCCUUUCAACCAUCUUACACCAAACUACAGCACUGCCACUUGGGUACCUUUUGUCUUCUUCUCGCUCUUGUGCUGGUCUUCCAGGGAGCUGGCCACAUUGCAGCUGAGGCUGUGGACCUUUUUUAGGUCGUCCUUCCUGAAGUGGCAGAUGCUUCCAACUCAUCUUAACUGGUCAAGCACGUAAGACUAGAGUUUUAUCCUCAUAAAACAAAAGGAUUUGUUUGGACAUUAAGGACACAUUCAUUUUUGUAACCCGGCCUAGUCAAGCAGAGGAGGCUGUGAAGCCAUUCUUUCAGAUCCUGAGCUGUUUGAAAGAUGAAUAUUUGUCACCAGUGGAUUCUUGUUGCUUUGAAUAUUUUUUUUUUGUAAAUGGUACAUAAUUAUUUUAAGGGACAUUAAUUGAGUGUUGAUGCUACACUUGUGUCCUAAUCUUUUUAAGUCAUGCCUUGUGUUUUGACAUUUCAUCUUUUCUACUUGUGUACUGGGGGGGACAGAUUUAACAUCAAAUCCAGUGAACAAAAACUGAAAUGUGAAACCAAUGUGAAAAUAUUGUACAGAAAGUCUUUUCUUCCCCAACGUGUACUUAGUAUUAUGCUCAAUUCUGUGGAUGCGUUUUUAUAAUAUUCUGUGGUUAGAAAUAGUGUUUGUUGGAAAAAAUAACUUGAUGUGGCUUCAUAUUACACAUUCUAUUCAUGUAGGCAUUACUUCAUCAGUGAGUCCGCAUAAGUGUUUAUUUCAUCGUAGUUACUAGGUUUUUUUUACCCACCAGAUGCAGUUAUGUAAUCUUUUUUUUUUCUACGAUGAAAAAAGAGGACAUUUGAAUCAUCAAACAUGUCAAUUAAAUUUGUAUGUGAUUGAAGGUUA